CGCCCCGCGGAGAUUCAAAGAGCAGCGAGCGCCGCACGCACGCACAUAGUGCAAUCGCAGCGAAGGACGACGGCAGGUGAUCGGCGAGCGCAAAACGGCGCGUUCUGAUAUUCUCAGAAUGCUGACUUGGUGGUUUCUCAUCGCAGCCAUCUCGCUCUCCAACGCCUUUCUGUCUACGUCCGUAAACGCCCGCGACACAUGGCAGAAGCCAGGAUGUCAUAAAGUCGGCCACACAAGAAAAAUUAGCAUCCCGGAUUGUGUCGAGUUCCACAUGACGACGAACGCAUGCCGCGGUUAUUGCGAAAGCUGGGCGGUGCCAUCAGGGCCGAAGGCAAGCCCCACGCAGCCGGUGACUUCCGUGGGACAAUGCUGCAACAUUAUGGAUACGGAGCCGGUGGAGGCACGCGUGCUCUGCGUGGAUGGCGUCCGAACUCUGACGUUCAAGAGCGCCACCAGCUGCUCCUGCUAUCACUGCAAGAAGGAUUAAACUACGCAUGCCAUCAAUUGACACUCGAGUAUUGUUGCAGGAAAUUCCCCAGGACAAAACUAACAAAGA